GUCUCCACCGUUUCCUGUUAGGUGGUGUAGAUGGGAAAGAUGGCAGAAUUAAAGGCGCUGCUGGUUUGUGCAGUGAUCACAUCACUUCUCUACACUUCUACUGUUUCUGCUUUUGUAGAAGAUCUCGAUGACACGUUCAAAGACAACAGGAUGGAUGACGUCUGGCUGGUGGAUUUCUAUGCCCCUUGGUGUGGAUACUGUAAAAAGCUCGAACCCAUCUGGCACGAGGUGGGAGCUGAGCUAAGGAAUUCUGGAUCCCCUGUCCGAGUGGGCAAGAUGGACGGCACUGCCUAUACUGGUGUUGCUUCGGAGUUUGGAGUACGAGGAUACCCCACGAUAAAGCUACUAAAGGGGGAGCUGGCGUACAACUACAAGGGUCCGAGAACGAAGGAUGACAUCAUCGAGUUUGCUAAUAGAGUGGCAGGACCCUCUGUGCGUUCCCUCCCGAGCAGACAGAUGUUCCAGCACAUUCUAAAGAGGCAUGAUGUGCUGUUUGUGUACAUUGGAGGAGAGUCAACACUCAAGGAGAAGUACACAGAAGUGGCCUCUGAACUUAUUGUUUACACCUACUUCUUCUCAGCCUCGGAGGAGGUCUUACCAAAGCAUGUGACUUUGCCUGAACUGCCUGCCGUGGUCGUGUUCAAGGACGGCUCUUACUUCACCUACGAUGAGUACGAAGAUGGCAGCUUAUCAUCGUGGGUGAACAGGGAACGCUUCCAAAGUUACCUGCAGAUCGACGGCUUCACACUCUACGAGCUGGGAGAGACUGGUAAAUUGGUGGCCAUUGCUAUCAUCGAUGAAAAGGAUUCGACAGAAAACAGCACAAGGUUAAAGAAUCUUAUACAGCGGGCCUCCACUGAGUACAGGGAGCACUUCAACAGGGACUUUCAGUUUGGCCAUAUGGAUGGUAAUGACUACAUCAAUAGCCUCAUCAUGGGCGAGGUGGCUGUUCCCUCUGUCAUCAUUCUCAACACAUCUAACGAGCAGUACUUCCUACCCAGUGAGCCCGUGGAGAGUAUGGAGCAGCUGAUUGCAUUCAUCAGGAGUGUCCUGGAUGGCACGGCACAGGCUUACGGAGGGGACGGAAUAUUCCAGAGAAUCAGACGUGUGGCGUAUGAUGCCAGAUCCACAAUCAUGUCGGUCUUCCGCAGUUCCCCUGUGCUGGCAUGCUUCCUGUUCGGCCUUCCUUUAGGCGUCAUUAGUCUCAUGUGCUACGGGAUCUGCACUGCCGAGUCCGAUGACGACACCGAGAUGAUGAAGAGAGAAGGGCUGACUGACGAGGAGGAUGAGGAGGAGGAAGAAGAAAGACAGCGUCAGGCCCUCGAGGCUGCAGAUGAAGACGAGCUCUGUGCUUCCCCUGGAUUUCUGGUGUUCCUUGUUCCUGGCUCCAGUGCUUCCGCCGGUUUCUCCUGCCUUCUACCUGGAUUCACCUGGCUCCAACUCUGCCACCGAUCCUCCUGCCGGCUGUCUGGUUCCAUCCGCCUCCUGCUCUACUGCUGCCUUCUCCGACCAUCCUCCCAGUCCCUCCUGCCUCCAGCACUCCUGCCGGUUCUCCCUGCCUUCUCCUUGGUUCCUGCUCAUCUCCUCCCUCUUCCCUGCUCAGCGGUUUGAUCACCCCUGCUGCCGCUCCCUAGUGCCACUGGUUUAUUUUUGUUUAAUAAAUAAACUCAUUGACUUAA